AUGUCUCAGCUAACCACAUUCCCGCCAGCUUUGGAGAUCCAGGCGCUCAACCCCCGACGCCAACCCAGACUCAGACGUUCCCUGACCCCUCGAUUCGCCGAGAACUACUCCGUCUUCAACUCUACGCCCGGCAAUCUCGACGGCGGCCAGGCCAGAUUCGAGGGCUUCGCCCCCUUCACGCCAUCGAGUCACACAGACGGCUUGGACCCCAAACAACAGCAUCCUGCCAACCACACAAGUCCGCAGCUUCUCGGUUCGGGUUCCUGGCCUAGCCAGACGGCGACCCCGCCGCCGACUGCUCACAGACGCAACAAACACAGCACCUACGAGCCUCUCACGAUGAACCAGAAUGGCCAGGACUACGGGCAACCUGAUUUUUCCACAGCGUCGCAGCAGCCGACGGACUUCAACCCCUUGCUAGCAAGCCCGGGCGACAUAUUCUCCUACCCCAUGUCCGCACCGGUGACGGCGCCCGAAACCUUCUGGGACCCUGCCAGCUUCGCCAUGUCCAUGGAUAUGGACUUUAACACGUCCAACAUCUUUAACACCGAGCACCCCACCACAGGGCAUCGGCAUUCGGCUUCGUUUGACUGGAAUAACGAGCCUCAGAUGUUUCAGGACCCGCCCCCGCCCGCGCAAGCUCCUCCACCACGAGCAAACCUACCUGCCAAGGGCGCAGCCACCAAAAAGUCACGCCCACUGGCGCCCAAGCCCCCUGCGAGUCGAGCGCCGACAGCAGGCGCUUUGACCGCGAGUCUGAGCAUGGAUAAUGCCUUUGGCAUCACAAGCCCAGCAGCCGGCAUCGAGCCGGGCAACGUCUUCGGCGGCUCUCGACCUUCGGCGCCUUUCUCCAGUUUCCGGGCAACCGACCCUCAGGCAUCACAUUCCCUCGUUCCUGCAACGAGCAUGCGCAGGUCCAACAGCUCGCGGGAUGUUGGCAGCAGCAAAGCUCCAGACCGGGCGUUUGCUAGUUCCCCAGUCAAGCCAUCAAUGCCUAGACCGGGCUUGUCGAGGAGUCAAAGCGAGAACAGGGGGAGGAGACCCAAAGGCAAGGGGGCCAUUGUCAACCAGCCCAUGGCGCCUCGCCCAUUGCCUCCCAGCAGGAGCGUCCCGGGCUUAGACAUGGGUCGGGCGACAAAGACGUCUGGAAGAGUGUCACCUCUCAAGAAACAGAAUCGCAUGUCGGGUCUAGCCUCCAUCCCUGAGUCGGCCAGUCGGCCGAGCUCACGGGCGUCGGUCAAGUUCUACAUUGGAGCAGACGGACGGGCUCACGCGCAGGCUGCUCACUCCGCUGUCGGUCCAUCCGAGUCGUACACUGGGCCUGCUGCUCGGUCAUCAGGGCAAUGGGACGAUGGCUCAGAAGGUUCGUCAUCGGAAGACGACGAGCCGAUCAUCAUCCCCAGUCGGAACACAUCAUUCAACGCGUCCUUCGCCCUACCCGACCCGAGACGCCCUGUUGGUUCCAUCUUCCACCCCGCGCGGAGGAGUAUCAGCGAUAAGAGCACGAGUACGUUCGCUGCGUCGGCGGAUGGCGAUAACAACGACAUGGAGAGCGAAGCGGAGACCAUCAUGAACGACCUUCCUGUGCACAACGGUGGCGAUGCUGCGAGCGAGCUGCUCCGCGUCAAAGAGAAUCGCCAGUUGAUGGCGAACCAGUUAUCGGGUGCCAAAUCGCAACGUUAUUUCGGCAUGGGGCAAGGGCCCAAGAGCACUUCAAUUUCGCCGUGCCGGACUGAUUCGGGGAACACGACCGAUGAACCAGGUGUCCGCUGCGUGUGCCACAACACCGAAUUCAUUGGAUUCUUGGUACAAUGGUGA